UUGUUUUGAAGGGGCCUCUCCUCUUUUCAAGAGGAAGCUGAAAAUGAGGAAGAUAACGCUGAGGUCAGAUGGCAGGAAAUAUCUGGAUGCGAAGUGACAACACGUCGGGGUUGAGAAAUGCUGCCUCUGCUGCCACUGCAGCAGCAACUUCUUGUCUUGGCCGUGCGGGAAGCCCCAUGCGCUGCCAGCAGCACCAGACGAAUUAGGAUGGCAUUUCCAUAUUAAGCCCUCACUGCCCUGCAGCCUUCUGCAGAAAGGCUGAAAAUGCCGGGAGAUGCAAUCUGCUGCAAACCAGUUGGAGACCAGGGAGAGGGAAGGCACAGGGGAGGUCCAGGGUGUUGCUGUCCGGCAAGUGUGCGCCAGGCCAUCUGAAGAUGGUGCAGGGCAGGGGAUCCCCUUGGGUCAGACGCCGCUGCCGCACGGCCCCUCCGAGCAUCCACUCGGGCUGCUUCUUCCUGAAGUGCCUCCGCUGCCCUGGGAACAUGGCCUGGAUGAUGCUCUGCGACGCUCACGGUCUGCCCGGAGCUCUCUGCAGGGCGGCCAGGCGCCACGUGCAGAGCAGGCACCGCAGUGGUGGCGCCCAUGGCUCUUCCCUUGCUAGGAACGCCACGGCCGUGCACAAGCUCCAUGACGGGUGGAAGGACGUGGCAGGGAAGCCAAGCCAGGAGUCUUCCCUUGGCUUCUCAGAGCUCGCAGGUCGCCUUCGCCUUGACCGUUUGGCCUACUCCUUAGAACACUCGAGCAAAAGCCGAGGUGGCGACAUGCAGGUAAUCAAAAACGAGCCACGAUGCGUCGGCCAGCCACAUUCGCAGAGCUCAAGCCAAGGUGCAGACUUGGCAUUUGUGCCUAACCCUCGAGCCGCACGAGUGGGCAAUGGCACUGCUGUAUCCGCUGUGGUGUUUGAGGCACCAGAAAGAUAAUGCAACUGUAUGUUUCCAUUGCAAGCAGCAGCUUGAUUUACCCAGCCCUUUUAACGGGCGCAAGGAAAAUCCAGCCUUGCAGUUGGAGGGUGCAGUCCUGGGCACGUUUAAAUGGAACACACAUUCUGGCUGGGGCCUGCUAGAUGCUGUAGGUUUCUUUUUUGUCUGGACAUUCACUGGGUUAUAUCCUAUAGUUUAUGCCAGUAUAAAAACGUAUGUCUUUAUGGCUCCACAUGACUCCUUGCUCUUUUCCUAACCCCGUAUGGGUACUUUCACGGAAGAGAGAAGAAUGCAAAAAAUUAAAAGAGUGCAGGCCCGUAUCUGAAACAGGUUGUUCAUUGCUGCUUUGCUACUAGCUGAUCAGUUAAAAGCUGGAUUGUAAUUUCUUCCACUUCCCAAACCCCCUGGCAACCUGUCCUUGGCGCCUCGGCAUUAUAUCAGUCGCCCACAUGGAAACAUUGCCUGUCUUUCUGCUCAUUUUUGCACACCCCGUGAGGACUUUGAGCCCAGGCUGUUAACAAUCCCAUCUCUUGCAAGAAGUAGUAGGUUCAGUUAAUGUUGGUUCCUCUUUCUUUACAUGCAUCGUAUAAAAGAGAAAUGGGAAAAAUUGUGCAUAGUUAAAAAUAGAGUUGAUGUGAGGAAGAGGCUAUCCAUAAAGUAUGUCUCACUUUUGAAAGCACACAUGCAUAAAAGUAACCUUUUAAAAGCUCUUCCUUCUCCUUGCGGGUGGGAGCAGCCCAGGGUCCACAGCAUGUGUGCUCUGCCUGUGGGAGCGAGGCUCCAUGCAGAAGUAAAACUGUGAUGAAAAAUGGAGCAGGACCUGAAAUAUUAUCCCAUUAUUGUAUUGUGCUGUUUUCGCUGCACAGUCCUAUGCAGAGGUGAGUCCCGCUGAGUUCAAUGGAGCAAGAUUGGGGAAGCCGGGUUAGGAUACUAAGGUAUGACCCCCAAAGUGGUUAAAUCUCCCAUCUCCAUGGAAAUGUUCUCCCUCUUCCCUAGGACUGAAAUCUUUACAGGUCCCAGUCAUGGGAGACCAUGCCCACCCCAUGAAUAUCGAACCUUCUUCAUGCACAGCACUGAGCAACGGUCCUGUUCCAGGCAGGACUAUUUCCCAGCUCCCCUCCCCUCCCUGCCCACCCAAGGGCCCCUUUCUCCACG